AUGAUAAUUCCUAAGGAGAUUUUGAAAAGGAUUAACUCUAUUUGUAGAGCUUUUCUCUGGAAGGGUACUUCGGAUUAUAUGGGUCCGGGAAAUGUGGCUUGGGACAUGCUUUGUAAACCAAAAAGUGAGGGAGGAAUGGGAUUUCAGAACAUUUUGAGUUGGAAUAUUGCUGCCAUUGGGAAAUACAUCUGGACUGUGGCUAGUAAGAAAGACAACCUUUGGGUAAAAUGGGUGCACAAUGUGUACAUUAAAGAUGUGGAUUGGUGGGCAUAUACUGCCCCGACACAAAGCAGUUGUUAUUGGAAGAAGAUCGUGGCUGUCAAAGAGCAAUUUAAAAGCUACAUAGUUGCUGGUCAAUUUGUUCAACUUGAUUACAGUAUUAAAAAAGGGUAUUUGAUGUUGUGUCCUUCUCAAACUCGUGUUUCAUGGAGCAAUGAGGUUUGGGGGAGGCUUAACUUACCAAAACACAGUGUUAUUUUGUGGUUGGCUAGGCUGGACAGGUUGAAAACGAAGCAUAGGCUCCAUAAAAUUCGCAUUGUACCAGACAUCAGCUGCUUAUUAUGUGGACAAAGUGAAGAACAUAUUGAGCAUUUAUUUUUUAAGUGCCCAUUUAGUAAUAGGUGUAUUAAAAGUCUCAAAGCAAGGCUGCGUUGGAGAGCUAAAGCAGAGACGAUUUAUAGCCUGCUGAGAUGGAUUUCGAGAGCUAAAUUGAGCAGGUUCAAGAAGCAAGUUCUUGCUGCCGUUGUGUAUCAGGAGUGGAAAGCCAAGAAUGAGGUGUUAUGGCUUCAACAAGUCAAGAGAGUGGAAUUGGUAAUACAGGCUAUACUUAAUGAUGUUAAGAGUAGAAUACACAGUAUUAAGCCGGGAAAAGUUACAUGUACAGAUUGGGAAUGGUUUGAAGCUUUGUAA